CCUAACGCAGCGCUCGGUCUAGCCGAAGGGGUAGUGGAGACAGUGCAGAUACCCCGGGAGUGGGUACAAAGGACACAGCUUAUAACAAUGAUUGACAGGGAGCUAAGAUGGAAGCACCAGCUUGCAGGAUGAAGAGGAUGUAAUUUAUUUGAAGAACUGUAUUGCACCCACUGAGAGAAUUGUUUUUGCGAGAACUGGAAUCCAGUGUCCAAGUAAUCACAUGUGGUUUUUGUAAUCAAGUGCAAGAUGGAAGCCAAUGAGGAGGUCUCAGUUAAGACUCCAUGUAUGGAAUAUGAAAAUAGUGGACAGGGACAAAGCGAGGUUGAAGGGGUUGCUCUCUGUGUCUCGGAGGAGGAAUGGGAUGAUGUGAAAGAAGAUGAGGAACUUUACACAGUGAUAGUAGAAGGUGAUGAUGUGCCUCAGUCGCUUGGCCAUGAAGCCAUACAAAUAACGGUCAAUGAAGGACUUCCCGACGCUUUGCCUUCUUCUGAUGUUAUCAAUGAUACUGUUAGCAUCAGGGUUCUUGAAAGCACAACAAAUCUUAUCAUAGAUAACACACCACAAGUACAGGAAAUAUCUGAAGGCAAUGUGAGCGAAGAUUCAGAUGUGCACAAAACUAAUAUCACUGAUACGUAUAUCUUUACACCCCCAGAAGAUACACAGAUUGAAUAUACAUCUAAUCAGUUCAUGGAAGAAUCGGCUUCAUACAAACUAUUUGAUUCGACAGAGUCCGGUAUUUAUACACCCAUAGAACAUGUCCAGAUAGAAAUUGAGGCUACUCAGAGUGAGGAAGAAUCCACCUCCAGUGAAGAAGUAAAUCUCACAGACAGUGAUGUGUGUAUAUCCACAGAACAUAAACAUACAGGAUAUACAUCUGCUGAUGCUAAGAAGAUAUCCGAGACUUGUGAAGAUGAUUUCACAGAAAUCCACAUUCACACAUGCACAGACGAUAAUACACAGCUUAAAAAUCCAUCUGUUUAUUUUAAGGGAGGAUUGGCUUCACAUGUAGAAGGGGACCUCACUGACACUGAAAUUGACACAACAAUGGAAAAUAGCCAGAAUGAAUUUACAGCUAUUCGUAUUAAGGAGGAACCAUUGUCAAGUGAUGAGGACUGUUUGACAGAUGACAGCAGUUGCACCCCUUCAGAAUAUAUCCAGACAAAAUAUCCUUUUACUCAUAUUAAAGGGGAAUCUGUCUCAUGUGAAGAUGGAGAUAACACAGAUGUUGACUGCAAUACACCCACCAAACCUUCAGAGAGAGACUAUGAUUCUCUACACAUAAAGGAGGAAUCAAUCUCAUGUGAAGAAGAUAACAUGGAAGCGGAUGGCUUGAGUGAACCCAAAAAAUACAUAGUUAUUACUAAUAAAGAAUUGAUGGAAACGACCAAUGGAAACCAAGUGAUAUAUUCCAGCUCGUUAGUAGAACCGCAAAGUGACAGCAGCAAAAGUGUAAAAGUGCCUUCGGGUCCCCUUCAAGAAAGCACACAUGGGAUACAGAUGUAUAAUUGUUCAGAGUGCCCAAAAUGUUUUACUAGUAGCACUGCAUUGUCAAGGCAUAAGUCAAUCCAUAGGGAAGAUAGGCUGUCUUGCUCAGAGUGUGGCAAACAUCUUUCGUCUAAAUCAAGUCUAGUCAGACAUUACAAAAGUCACACAGGGAUGGAAGUAUUCUCAUGUCCAGAAUGUGGAAAAUACUUCACUUACAGAGCAAAUCUUGUUGCACAUCAGAAAACACACUCAGGUCAGAAGCCAUACUCCUGUUCCGAAUGUGGGAAGUGUUUUACGGUUAAAACCAGCCUUGUACGACAUCAGUUGAUUCAUACGGGAUUAAAACCAUACUUCUGCUCUGAAUGUGGGAAAUGUUUUGCACUGCAUUCAAGUUUUCUGUCCCAUCAGAAGAGACACUCUGGAGUGAAGCCUUUCACAUGUUCCGAAUGUGGGAAGAGCUUUAUCAGUGUCUCUCAUCUAAUAAUUCAUCAGAGGACUCACACAGGAGAAAAGCCGUUCACAUGUUGUGAAUGUGGGAAAUCUUUCAGUGUUAAGUCGCAACUCCGCACACAUCAGAAAAGCCACACUAAAGAAAAAUCAUUUCCAUGUUCUGAAUGCGGAAAAUUGUUUAUAUCUAGUUUACGCCUUGUACAACACCAGAGAAUCCACACAGGGGAGAAACCGUUCACAUGUUGUGAAUGUGGGAAAGCUUUUAGCCUUAAUUCGCACCUCCUCACACAUCAGAAAAGCCAUACUAGAGAAAAAUCGUUUCCAUGUUCUCAAUGCGGAAAAUCGUUCACAUCUAGUUCACACCUUGUACAACAUAAGAGAAUCCACACAGGGGAGAAGCCGUUCGCAUGCACUAAAUGUGAAAAAAGUUUUGCAUAUAAGCCAAGUCUUAACAAACAUAAUUUGACUCACACUGAGAACAAAAAUUUAAGUGAAUGACCUUAAAAAUGCCUGUACUGCUUGCUCUUCACACACUUUAAUUCCCUGAUUGGAAAUUAAAGCUCAAACUUU